GGUCAUCAGCAUGGGCAUUACCGGGAUAUACAUGGUCCAUACGGCGCGCAGAAUCAAAAGGACCAACGGCAAUAGCGAUUUGCUGCGCAGAACGAUAAAAGCCGUAGUGUGGUUCCCGAUUGCCCCUAUCGUAUCGACAUGGUUCAAUGGGAUAUUGCCAAUAGUCCGGUACUACACUGGAAGACAGUAUCAGGAACUCGAGUUUAUCAACAUCGCGCUGUUCGCACUAAUGGCGGUUAUUCAUGCGUUGGCAAUGAUAAUGAAUCCCUGUCGACUGGAAAGGCACCGACCGAAGUAGACUGAAACUGGGAAACCCUUGUAUCCCAAGAAAUGCUCCUGAGCCGACUACUAAAAAGGAUUUACAGCUGAGCUUAGCAUUCUGCAUUUACAAUAGCAUCUACAAUUCUU